UGUGCACUUCAGAGAGAAGAGGAGCGCGACUUCUUCGAAGGAUUUCCAUGGAAUAGCUAUUCACAAUGACCAGUAUGAAGUUUUUUCGCGUCAUCCUGGCGCUUCUGGGAGGCACGCAGGCUUUGUACGCACAACCAUCGGCGUCUCCAACUGUGAAAACCGGUGGUUCCAGUAUCGCCAGCGUAGUAGCAGGUAGCAAGCCGACGAGAUCCUGGGACAAACCUCAAUUCGACGAUAUUGCACCGCGAAAUAUCACUGCCAUCGUCGGUCAGACGGCGGAGCUGAAUUGUUAUGUCAAGCAUCCGGGCGACCGUGUGAUUUCCUGGAUACGUAAGAGGGAUUUGCAUAUUCUGACGUCAUCGAUCCUCGCUUACACGGGGGACGCAAGAUUUUCCGUUAAGCAUCCCGAAUCAUCCGACGAAUGGACGCUGAGGAUCGAGUACAUCCAACCACGGGACGCCGGGAUUUAUGAAUGCCAGGUUAACACCGAGCCCAAAAUGAACUUAGCCUUCAUGUUAAAAGUCGAAGAAAGUGCCCCUGUCCCUGCCAUCACCACACCAAACGCCAUUCACCGGACGUUCAACUCAGCUGCUCAGGCGACGAUCCUGGGGCCGGAAGACGUCUACGUGAAGAAGGGUAGCACGAUAAGCCUCACGUGCGAAGUGAAUGUGCGAAGUACACCUCCUAGUAGCGUUACUUGGUAUCAAGGAGGAGCCGUGCUAGAUUUUGACAGUCCCAGGGGCGGCAUUUCCCUGGAGACGGAGAAAACGGAUACCGGGACGACAAGCAGACUACUGGUGACACAAGCCAGAUUGACCGACAGCGGAAAUUACACCUGCGUCCCUAGCAACGCGAAUCCAGCGAGCGUAAUGGUCCACGUGCUGAAUGGUGAACAUCCGGCGGCUAUGCAGCAUGGUGGCAGCUGCGGCAUGGCUCCGACCAUUCUACUUGCCAGCAUCACCCUCAUAAUUGCGAACCUGUUAAGGUGAGCAGCCGCGUCGUGAAUCGCGCAUCUUAAAAACAAAAAGAAAGAAAGUGAAACGUGUCAAAGAUCGGGAGAGACAACGUCCAAAGUGAACGCAGCGAUCGACGGUCGCGGAACGGUACACGCUCGGAAAAAUCGUUCGGCCGACCGCGAUAGAUCGCUUUAGUUUACGCUUCGCUGUCACGCUGCGUGUAUCCAUUCGUUGAGUGCUCGGAACCGACGACAAGAGAAUCACAGUGUGGACCGAAGUGCAGUGGACCAAAGCUCUGUGAAGGACGCAGUGAUGUGGCGGACGAUCUUUAGCACGUACGUUUUUAACACGAAAAUCUUUCAUAGACUCUCCAUUCUUUUGUAUAAAAUCGUGUUAAAUGCAUCGUGGCAAAAAUGCCGAAUCAUUCUCAACAUCCCUAGUAGUAUGAUUGAACGUUCGCCAAAAGAACUUUCCUGCAUUUGUGCUUUUUGUAUAACUAAAUCGGCAUGUUGUCCGUGCCUCAACGAAUAUGCGUGGACUGUCUAAUGAUAAAACUGCUCAUCUCGUCAUUUCGUUGCGAGAACUCUAUUAGAAUUUGUAUUUUAACUAAUUUAAUAAUGGCCUCGUAGUAUUCUACGUCGACCGAUAGAACGACGCCGUAUUUGGAAAGAUCGGAUUGAUUGCAUGAUCUGUUGCUAAUGCUUUCGAACCGAGUAUCGAUGGCUGGAUCCGUUCGAUGGCUAUGAAAUAAUUAUUACAUGAAUCGGAAUUUAUAAUCUAACGAUUAUUAUCAACUAGUUGAGUAAUAAUUAUCACAUAAUUAAGAAUCUUGUACAUAAAACGAGUAAUGAGCAGGUAGAAUUUGCCGUGACCUUGUACAGUACAAUGUACGUGCGAGAAUUGCCACGUGAUCGAUAAUUGUUUCUCGUCAUUCGAUCUGGGCAGUAUUGUGUAUAUAGCUUAUAUCAUUGGUUACGAUAUAAUUGUAUGGUAUACAUACAAUCGUAUAUUUGCAAAUAUUCUAACUAAACCUUGUGCCUCGGGCACAAUUCAGCAUCUCGAACG